AUGCCCUGUCCACAUGCAAUUACUGCUAUUAAUAAGAGAUAUUUGCAGAAAUCUGAUUACUGCUCAAAUUGGUAUUCAAAGGAAACAUGGUUGAAAACAUAUGAAGGACAUGUGAAUACCGUGGGAGAUCAAAAAUCAUGGGAUAUACCACAAAAUGUACAAUCUGAGAUCACAAAAUCUCCCGAUGUAGAGAUUUUACAAGGAAGAAGACAAAUGAAGAGGCAUAUACCUGUGACUGAAUCAGUACCAUUCAAGUCUACCAAAUGCAGUCGAUGUAAACAAGUUGGGCAUAACAGAACAACUUGCUUGUCUUCUCCAGCACCUCAUCCAUAUUCAAAGAAACACACUGAAAAAUACUCCAACCUUCAAUAA